UACACUGUGCAGCACAAAGUACCUUUCCCUUCCCUCUCAAGCAAGCCCACCAACUUCCUUUACCUCCCUAAAUUUCCAUUUUCCAUCUGAGUUUCCUCUCCUCUCAAAUCUCAAAGCUUCCAAAACCCAAUAAACAAACAACCCAUAUUCAAACUUAUGAUUUCUUCCAAAAUCUCAAUCAACCCACUAUUUAUACUUUAAUUUUACAACUAGAUAUUUAUUCACAUGUCAGAGAGCGGUCACCGGCGACGAUAUGAGGCGACCAGAGGCCGGAAAGUAAGGCCGCCGAACCCGUCUCCGUCGCCGCACAGACGGAGCUCUCAACCUCGGGGAUCGCCCAAGCAGCAGCACCAUCACCACUACUCUAAGCCUAUCAAGAUUCUCAAGCGAUGCUCUUCCGAGCCCAUAUUGUUCUGCUUGUCGUCUGGUAGCGAUUUUGGGGAGGAGGGUUUUCGUGUUCGAAACCUGAGGUCCGAGCCGGAGGGUGUUCUGUUCCGGCCUCAGACUUGUACGGACAUCUUUGCUUCGUCUCCUUCGUUGAUGAUGCCCUUCUCCCCCAAGAAGCACGAGGGAUACAUGAAGGAUGCAAAGGUGGUUUUGAAUGUGUCCGUUGAAGGAAGCCCGGGGCCGGUUCGAGCCAUGGUUAAGCUGGGAUCUACAGUGGACGAGACAAUCAAGCUUGUUGUUGACAAAUAUAGCAAAGAAGGUCGAACUCCCAAGCUUGAUAAGGAUGAGGCAUUGUCGUUUGAGUUGCAUCAGUCCUAUUUCAGCCUUCAAAGUUUGGAUAAAUCAGAAGUAAUUGGGGAUUGUGGCAGCAGAAGCUUCUAUCUUCGAAAAAACAGCAGCAAUCACAGUAGCAACAAUGGAGGAUCAACUUCUUUCACCUCCGAAGCCGUUCCUGCGAGAGCAAACUCUCCUCCACCGGCGGCACGCCCUGUCUUCUUACUCCCGAAUUUUUUCGCUCGUAAACUUGGGAAAAUCAUCAGGAGGACGCAUAAGCUUUGGAGAAUCAUAAUCUGCAUGAAAUGAGCUGUACAAAGAACCAAAAAAGAAACCAUUGCUCAAGAGUAACACAAAAUAUUAUUCAUGUUGCUCCAGAAAGAGCCUCUAGAUGUGGAUGUCAACCGGACCACAUCUAUGCGAUGCAUUGUCGUCAUUCUUUCUUCUUACCUUUUGAAUUUGAUUUAUGUAAUGCUGUGAAGAUUCUCUCAUUACAUGAUUCAAAUGUAUAUAAAUGAAGAACAAGAAAAUACCAAUUGUUCAUUUUCUUUUUCUUCAUUAAUUACAAGGUACAA